AUGAGAUCCGAAGAGCCACCGUCUCUUCGAGGCACGCCGCCGGCGACUGAUACUCGGCCAAAGUCUGUUCCUGCGGACACCCUCGCCACUGCGGCUGCUGAGAUACCCAAAAUCAAAAUUCGCCUUACAAUGAACGACCUUUUGACUACCACAGGCUCUAGUGCAAUUCCAGGUCCUAACUCUCAAGCCAACGAACAGCAGCCGAUCACAGCAAAUGAAGGUUCAACUGACAUUGCUGGAUCAAGCGGCGAGUACACCACUGACACGACUGAUGCACAAGUUGCGAAAGUUUCGACCCUGGUCAAUGUAAAAGCUGAGCCAGACUUCGAAGCAACCAUCUCUCAGACCAUUCCUGCCGUUUCUUCGGACUCGUUUGUCAGGCAGCCUAUGGACACUCCAGCCAAGAAGGAGGAAAAGACAGUCAUUGAUACACCUUGGUCUGAUCUCCCAACAGCGCCACAACAAAUCACCUUGGACAAUGUGAGAAAGGCUUCAGAGACUACGGAUUUGGCCAAAUUGAAGUCUUGCAUCGAGAGAGCCCGCCAGGUACUGGGCUUGAUUCGACAGCCUUUGGCUGAUUCAAAGCAGAAGGAGCAGCUGGAUUGGCUCAACCGCAUAGACAAGCUCAGGGCAGAGCAAAAGCUUCGCACAGUUGUGGCAGUGGCAGGUGCGACAGGUGCUGGGAAAAGCUCACUUAUCAAUGCUUUGCUCGACGAGGAGAAGCUUCUUCCAACUUCUGGCUUCAGGGCAUGUACUGCCGUGAUAACGGAAAUAUCCUACAACGACUCACAGGAUCCCGAGAAAGCGUACAGAGCUGAAGUCGAAUUCAUAUCUCAAGAUGAUUGGGAUUCGGAGUUGGAGCUUCUCUAUGGCGACCUCGUGGAGGACAAGAAACUCUCUGCCGCAUACCUGGAUACGAACGCAGAAGCCGGCAUUGCCUACGCCAAAAUCAGAGCCGUGUAUCCAGAAUUGACGCAUGAACUCAUCUUGAAGAGCAAGGUCGAUGAGCUGGCUAAGAGGAAUGCGGUGACUAACGUCUUGGGAAAAACAAAAGAGAUAAUUUGCAGCAAUGCUCGCGACCUUUACAUAUCGCUUCAAAAAUACCUUGACAGCAAGGACAAGAACACCAAGGGCGGCCCUCGUAAGGAGAAAGACAUGGCUUUCUGGCCAUUGAUCAAAGUCGUGAGGGUAUUCACGCGGGCCGCAGCACUCGAAACAGGAGUAUGCAUUGUUGAUUUACCGGGAAUACACGACGCAAACGCCGCCAGGUCCGCCGUUGCCAAAAAGUACAUGGCUGAGUGCUCCGCUGUGUGGGUAGCUGCCCCCAUCAAGAGGGCUGUCGAUGACGAGGCUGCUCGAAAGCUUUUGGGAAUGAGUAGUCGUCUACAGAUGAAAUUAGAUGGCAUAUAUUCCAGUGUCACUUUCAUCUGCACUAUGACAGACUCGGUGCAGCUGUCAGAGAGCGUGGAGGCUUUCGACGGGGAUGGCCAAAUCCAAGCCGCUUUGGCGAGAGAAGAUGAUCUCGAGAAGAUGAUCCACGCUAAGAAGGACUCCAUCGAGAAACUGGAAGGGCAGCUCAAUGCAAGCGACGAAGCAUGGCAGGGGCUCGAAAAGGAGUUCAAGUCCUGGAAAGCUCUUCAGCGAAAUCAAAAGAAGGGCCGGCAGGUAUAUGCGCCUCGGGUUCCUGCAAAGCGCAAGCGUACUACGAAACCUGCGACGCGCGGGCGCCGGCGAGGCGUUGUGGUGGAGGAUGAUUCUGACGAAGACGACACUCCGGACCAGGAGCCCCUCACAGCCGACGAGAUCUCAUCAAAAGUCACUGAACUCAAGGCAAAGCUUGCAUCCAAAGGUGCCGAGUACGAUGAUAUGUGUGAGAGGCUUGAAACCAUGAAAAAUGAUCUCAAGGCUCUUGAACACGAGAAGAAGGAUAAUUCUGUGGAGGCAGUGCGUCUGUGCAUACAGAAACGGAAUUCACACGUGAAAAAGUGUGUCAGAGUUGACUUUUCCAACGGAAUCAGAGAGAUCGAUGAAGCCGACGCUCAGGCCGAUGAUGAGAACUUUGAUCCCUCCAUCAAGCAGCGCGACUAUGAAGAAGUCGGCCGUUCGUUGCCCGUUUUCUGUGUCUCGAGCAAGGCGUAUCAACAACUUCGUCUACAAACGAAACGCGAGACCCGCGUUGAGGGCUUUCGAGACCUAAAGGACAGCGAGGUCCCGUCUCUACAACAGCAUGCCAUGAAACUACCCGAGCAAGGCCGAAUUCAUGUCUACCGAACGUUCCUCAACGAAUUCUAUGGACUUUUGGGCUCUCUUACAAUUUGGGUGAACAGUAGCUUGCUUGAGCGCAAUGCCCCGGUGAUGAGCAAGCAAGAUCAGAGCUAUGAAGAGAAGUAUCUUCACAUGGCUGCCGAAAACCUUAAGAAAGACGUGGAUGUCCUCAUUUGGGCCAAGAAAGGCGAGCUUGACGAUAUCAUACAGAGCAACUUUCUCUCCAGGUCAAAUGCUGCCAUCGUCAACGCAGCAAAAGAAGUGACCGAUGUGGUGUCAAGGUGGACGGCAAAGAAGGACGACGGUGGUUGGGGCAUUGUUUUCCAAACUUAUAAGGCGAUCUGCCGCCGUGAUGGAGACAAGACCAAGUCCGAAAAGUCCCGUGACUUCAACGAAGAUAUCCUCGAGCCGUACUUGAAGAAGAUUGUAGCUGGUUGGGAGCAGGCAUUCGACCACUCGGUCCCGGGAACCCUCGACAAUAUGGUGGCGGAAUUCGCAAAGAAGCUGAUAGAGUUCCACAGAACUAUGUCGAACCGCCCGGAGCUCGAAAAAUGCAAACCGGCAUCAAUACGCAUGCUAGGACAGAAAAUUUCCCAUUACGAGGCGGCCAUGGAGAAUGAAGUCACCAGCCUAAAGGUAGAAAUCCAGAAGAAGCAACGCGCGGCUCAUCGUGCCUUCCAGCCCGAGAUGCAAAAGGAAAUGCUUAAGGCAUAUAGGUUGGCUUAUCAAGAACGAGGCACGGGAUGCUUUUUGCGCAUGAAAGAACACAUGUCUACUCAUGUCCGCAAGAAUAAGAACGCAAUUUAUCGCAAGGCAACCAAGCGGGUCAUGGACGAAUUGAAGAAGAUCUUCGUGGCGAGCGCCAAGGAUCUGAAGAAGGCAGCUCACGACAUCGUCGACAAAUUUGAGUCAGACUUUCGCUUCAUCAUCUCCAGCUCCGAAAUAGUCGAAGCUGAGGAGGUGGCCCGGGAGCACAUCUGCAGUGUCUUGCACAAGGUUGAUACGCAGUUCGAGGCCGUCUUGUGCAGUGAGCCGAUGGAAGUCGAUUCUAUACAGCCUAUUGAGUCAGUGCCUCAGCAGUCCUCCAUCGAGAGUGAGACUGGUGUCGGCGUUGCCAUGAACGAGGCAGCCGAUGCUGGUUCGACGAUUGAGGCUGGAGCUAUGGGUACUGCGCUGUGA